UACAGAACCGCAAGCGGAAGUAGUUUUCACGGCUUCUCUGUGCGCUAACGGAAGUGGGUUCUUUCUACCGGCUUGGAAUCAUGGCAGACGUUCAGACAGCUGCUCCAGGGGACUGCGAUGCCAAACUGAGCAAAAAGUGGUAACGCAACUUCGAGUGUUAGGAGUUAUGUGCUGUGAUGGCACAAGCUCUCCUCAGGCUAUUUAGGGGCCCAGUUUGGGCACCGAGAGCACUAAAGGAGCAUAUCCUUGGAAAACAUCUCUCUAAUUUGUCUUCUCUCUACACGGACCAGGCGCUUCAUGGGAGAAAGAGUGAGCUCAAACGACGAAUGAAAGCUGAAAAAAAGGCGGCUGAAAAAGAAGCAAAACAAAAAGAUCAAAAUGAGAAAAUCGAGAAAACAGAAGCAGAGGUGGUGGAUGAGGAAACUCUUGACCCCAAUCAAUAUUACAAAAUCAGAACCCAAGCUAUCCAGCAGCUAAAAGGCACCAAGGAUGAUCCUUAUCCACAUAAAUUCCAUGUUCAGAUGUCUCUCACUGAAUUCAUCCAGAAAUACAAUGACCUGCAGGUUGGUGACCAUUUGGAGGAAGUAGUCACUGUAACUGGCAGAAUCCAUGCGAAACGUAUCUCCGGUGCCAAGCUAAUCUUUUAUGACCUUCGUGGGGAAGGGAUGAAAUUGCAGGUUAUGGCCAACUCUAAAUUUUACAAAUCCGAGGAGGAAUUCAUUGCAGUAAACAACAAGUUACGACGUGGAGAUAUUAUUGGAGUGAAGGGAAACCCUGGCAAAACCAAAAAGGGAGAACUGAGCAUCAUACCCAAAGAAAUGACCCUGCUGUCACCUUGUCUACAUAUGUUACCACAUCUGCACUUUGGUUUGAAAGACAAGGAGACCAGAUUCCGUCAGCGUUAUCUGGACCUCAUUCUCAAUGACUAUGUACGGCAUAAGUUUAUUACCAGAGCGAAAAUUAUCACUUACCUUCGCAGAUUUUUGGAUGAUUUGGGAUUCCUUGAGAUUGAGACUCCAAUGAUGAAUAUUAUUCCGGGAGGUGCUGUAGCUAAACCGUUCAUCACUCAUCACAACGAGCUGGACAUGGACUUGUACAUGAGAAUUGCCCCUGAACUGUAUCACAAGAUGCUAGUGGUUGGCGGCAUUGACCGGGUCUACGAGGUGGGCAGACAGUUCAGAAAUGAAGGAAUAGACUUGACUCAUAAUCCUGAGUUCACAACCUGUGAAUUUUACAUGGCUUAUGCCGACUACUAUGACCUCAUGGAGAUCACAGAGAAGCUGCUUUCAGGAAUGGUUAAACAUAUCACUGGUGGUUAUAAAGUGACAUACCAUCCGGAGGGUCCAGAAGGACCAGCCCAGGAAAUAGACUUCACACCUCCAUUCAGAAAAAUCAGCAUGGUACAUGAACUGGAAAAAGUUCUGGGAAAGAAGCUCCCACCGACAGACCAAUUUGACACUGAAGAAACUCGCAAGUUCCUGGAUGACAUUUGCACAGAAAAAGGUGUUGAGUGUCCCCCUCCUAGAACAACUGCAAGGCUACUAGACAAGCUUGUUGGUGAGUUCCUAGAAGUAACUUGCAUUAACCCAACCUUUAUCUGUGACCAUCCACAAAUUAUGAGCCCUCUUGCUAAAUGGCAUCGAUCUGAGAAGGGGUUAACAGAAAGGUUUGAGCUUUUCAUCAUGAAGAAAGAGAUCUGCAAUGCAUAUACUGAACUGAAUGACCCAGUCAGACAGAGGGAGCUUUUUGAAGACCAAGCUAAGGCCAAAGCAGCUGGUGAUGAUGAAGCCAUGUUUAUUGAUGACAACUUCUGUACCGCCUUGGAAUAUGGCCUGCCACCUACUGCUGGCUGGGGCAUGGGUAUUGAUAGACUGACAAUGUUCCUAACUGACUCGAAUAAUAUUAAGGAGGUGCUCUUAUUCCCAGCCAUGAAGCCAGAAGACAAGAAGGAAUCUGUACCAAGCCAGAGCUCUGGGACAUCUGUGUAAUUUUUGGGAUUUUCCUGCUUUUAAGAUGUUUGAUAUGUGUUUGUUAGGGGCUCUGUCUGUGUUACAGGUCUAAGCUGCUUUAUACUGAAAAAAAUACAUUCUAUAAACUGUG